AUGAAGUUUGGCGACACCCUCUUCGAGAGGUCCGUGCCCAAAUACGCACCAUACAAUGUAAAAUACAACGAAUUAAAGCACUUGAUAAAGCAGCGCACGUCUGUCGGAGCCGCACUACCUGUAUCUAUCCCUUCAGCUUCCACCAGCAGAUGGCACGAUCUCGAGACCGAGCUACUCUCCGUCAUCAAGCGCGAGUACGAAGAUGUUUCGUUGUUCCUCAGAAGCAAACAGGGAGAGAUCGACCGACGCCUCGCAUACCUAGAGAAGCAGGUCAACGCCGCAAGUCGAGCUAUCAGUGCUGAUAUCGAUCGACCUGUGACACAAGCCAGGAAAUAUCAGAGGCUAGUCAAGGAUGCGGACGGGAUCGGCGAUGAGAUCGAACUACUCUCCCGCUUCACUGCGGUGCAGAAGACAGCCUUUCGGAAGAUCCUCAAGAAAUAUCGCAAAUGGACAGGUUCAACAGAAUUACAGACCCGGCUGGAUAUCGAAGUCUUCUCGUCCGGGGCGCUUCAGGUGGACUAUGCCGAGUACCUGAACAGGCUGGCUAGCUUGACCGCUACCAUAUCGACCAAGCUACAGGCGCCCAUGCUGACGGGUAACGAAGUGCAGCGCACGAAGCGAAGGACUGGGAGGACUCUGAGCCAGUCCAAUGCGAAAACUAUCAAUGAUAUGUGCUUGAAGGGAUCAUUGCAGUUCGACACAGCCCUCGAUCAAGUGCCAUAUGGCGAAAGUGGUGGCAGCGCCUAUUUCUGGAUUCAUCCCGAAAAUUUGGAGCAGGCCGAGACUCUUCUACUGAGGCAUAUGCGUUUGCAGCCCCGAUCUUCAACAUCACGCCAGUCACCAGCGCAAUCAAGUACUGAUCUAAGCAAAGUCAGCUGCUCAACGACAGCUGCGGCCUAUCAGGCCAUCUUUGACAAUGCGCAGAGGUUCGUUCGUGAUAGCUCCUCAGUCAAGCCAUCACGAGCUGCACUGGUCAGUCGUUGGGAUGAAAAUACAGAGGCUGUUGUGACAUUGAACAACUUGACCCACAACUCGGAGCAGACGUCGACAUUGUCUGUGAAGCGGAAGCGUCUCGAUGGCUUGAUGCACUCAUCAAAAGCCAACGGUCAUGCAUCACCGGUUCCGAAGAGCGAGGCUGACAAGAUACGAGACUAUCUUUCCGAAAACCGAGACGUAAAGCCACUUGCAGUCGCCGUUUCGGAUCGUGCACGUUUCUCGGGUCCCAACAACACCAAGGAUGUCGGCACCUGGGCUGCGUUAGACACUAGUAUAACAUUUGCAGAUCCCGCAACGAUAUCUUACGGCCAGAUCGGUGCUAUCAGUAGCAUGGAAACGUUUCCACAUGCAGUACUGCAUUUGAGAUGGGAGUUCACUCGCCUGCCUGAGAUCGUGCGUGUGCUCGAGGCUUCUCAUCUGGCGGAAAGGGUGCACUCAUUCUCGCUGGAGCAAGCUGCAGUCGUCAGCAUCAACAAGGAUUUGCCUCAGCCUCAGUGGCGUGAACUCCUGGUCAACGACAUCCGUCGUGUUCCUGCUCUUGUGCAAAGGAAGUCUGCUACUUCCACACGUCGCAAAGACUCACAACUUCAGGUGCCAUCAUCGUCAGGACCCUCCUCAACCGGCGAUAGUAUCUUCUCUGCCGGACAAGGUGGCCAAUCUUCGGCAACUGAAGUCGAGAGUAACCGAAGCCCGACAAGAACUGGUGCAAACGAUGACGCGACCUCUCCCUCAGCUAAGGACUCCCGAAAGUCAAAAAGAAAAACUACCAGAUUCUCAACACCACCGCAGCAGCCAGCGCCCACAAGGUAUUGGAAUGAAUUUGACGAUGGCGACUCAGAUACGCAUCCGGAGGAGCGGUAUGCUAUCUACAUUGAUCCCAACGAACCUGUCUUUCCGGGCGCAGAAACUGUUCAGAAAGUCUUCAGCGGCAUGUAUGACUCCAUUAGUAAGGGAGGCAAACGGCUCACAUCGUGGAUGCCGGUGCGCAUGCACGAAGCGAAGACCACAUCAGACGGCGAACGCCGUCCCCUUUUGUUCAGCAAAGCCAGUAGAAAAGGAAGCAGCGAUGCAAAUCUCGAGUCUUCGGGCUCCGACACGGAUGACUUCACACCAACGCCAUCCAAGCGCAACAGGAGAAGUACCAUCUCAAGGCCGCCGUACGCUCCGGGUCGGCGCCUGAGUAAGCGACAGAAGGCGCGCGAAGCGACACUGCAGCAGUCUUAUAUCGCGUUGCUCGUCCUGGCAUAUAUCUUCCUACUCGUGGCAGGUAUCCUGCUCGGGACAGGCAGGAAGAAGAAGCGUCUCGAAGUCGAUGCCGGUGUGGUGACAGGUAUUGUGGCGGCGUGGGCUUGUGUGGGAAUUAGUGUGGUAUUGAUAUGCAUGCGACGACAGAAGAUUGGCCCCAUUCAUUGGGGUAUCUUUGCGAUACAAGUCGCAGUGGUCAUCGUUGUUGGUGUAGGCCAACUUGUUCUUAUGCUGGGAAACGCGACCGCGGUAUGA